AUGGCUUUAGUUAGUAGACCUUUCCUGUCUUUCUUGGGCAUAUAUUUGUUUCUCGGUUCUUUAGGUAUCACUUGCAUUAAAUCCUUAGAAACAUACCCGGAAACUCAGGAAUCCGACAGAGUAAUUAAUUUGCCUGGCCAACCUUCUAGCCCAUCAAUCUCACAGUUCUCAGGUUAUGUCACCGUCGAUGAAGAACAUGGGAGAGCCCUUUUUUACUGGUUCUUUGAAGCUCAUUCUGAAGCAUCGAAGAAGCCUCUCCUUCUGUGGCUAAAUGGAGGGCCUGGUUGUUCAUCUAUUGGAUAUGGUGCUGCUUCAGAGUUAGGUCCUCUAAGAGUUUCUAAAGAUGGGGCUGGUGUUUACUUCAACGAAUACGCUUGGAGUAAAGAAGCAAAUUUACUAUUUCUUGAAUCCCCAGUUGGAGUUGGGUUCUCUUACACCAACACCUCAUCUGAUCUCACCAUAUUAGAUGAUAACUUUGUAGCUGAGGAUGCCUAUACUUUCUUGGUGAAAUGGCUGCAAAGGUUUCCCCAGUACAAAAGUCGUGAUUUCUUCAUUUCAGGAGAGAGUUAUGCAGGCCACUACGUACCUCAGCUAGCAGAGCUUGUCUAUGAUAGAAAUAAAGAUACCACUAAAUAUCCAUUGAUCAAUCUAAAAGGUUUUAUCGUGGGAAAUCCAGAAACCAAUGAUUACUAUGAUUACAAAGGUUUGCUAGAAUAUGCGUGGAGCCACGCUGUAAUAUCAGACCAGCUCUAUGAAAAAGCCAAACAAGUAUGUGAUUUCAGAGUUUCCAACUGGUCUAAUGACUGCAACGAUGCCAUGAACACAGUGUUCGGGAAAUACAAUGAAAUCGACAUCUACAAUAUCUAUGCCCCAACAUGUCUUCUUAACAAUGCAUCUUCAUCUGUCGGUAGCAAUGAUUCAUUCACUAAGGUAAACAAUUACAAAAUAAGAAGGCUUAGAAUCCCUGGAGGUUAUGAUCCGUGUUAUUCAACAUAUACCGAAGAGUAUUUUAACAGGGCUGAUGUUCAAUCAUCCCUUCAUGCAAAAAUUAGUGGAAAUUCUAGUGGGAAAUGGAGGGUCUGCAAUGAUUUCAUCCUGAACAGAUAUAAUUAUACCGUAUUCUCUGUUCUCCCGAUCUACACCAAGCUCAUCAAGGGUGGUCUCGAGAUAUGGAUAUACAGUGGGGACACAGACGGCAGAGUACCUGUCAUAGGGUCACGAUAUUGUAUUGAAGCUCUUGGACUGCCUCUCGCAUCUCCCUGGCAUUCUUGGUUUCUAAACCAUCAGGUUGGAGGAAGGAUAGUAGAGUAUGAGGGAUUGACAUUUGUGACAGUGAGAGGGGCAGGUCACUUGGUUCCUCUCAACAAGCCCAGCGAGGCUCUCUCGCUUAUUCACUCUUUCCUGUCUGGUGAACCUCUUCCUGCACAUAGAUAA